GCCGCGGAGAGACAGUCGCAGGAGGCGAAGGGCAAGGUUCAGAAGGUUGUCGGGCAGCUCAAAACGGACAUCAAGGCGAACGAGGAAAAGGUCUACGAGCAGGGCGCGAAGGCAGCAGCGAUCGCGAAGCAUAAAGCAGAGCAGUUUUCUGAAGGCGUCGAGGAUUUGGUUAGGCAAGCUGAGGCCGCCCUCUCUGGCAAGCCCAUCGACCCUUCUUCUGGUGCUGCUGCUACCCCUUCACAGUCCGUGCCUGCUGAGACUGAGGCUCACGCCAAACCCUCGAAUCUCUACGAUAUUCCUCUCCCCCUCGGUCAUGAGCCUCCCCCUGGCUAUUCGCGUCCAGCACCGCCGAAACCUCCGAAGGCUCCCGCGAAGGAGGAAGCGCCUGCCCCUCUGCCCCUCAUUGCUCCCGUCGUAGCCGAGCUCAGUUCUUCAGAGCCUGUGCUUGCUCAUUUGGCUUCCACCAUAGACAAUCUCGCCUCCUUCCUUAAUUCGAAUCCAUCUGCCUCGUCUAAGGCUCGCGACGUACUUGACACCGCCAAGACUGACUUGACCGAGUUGGCUCACAACUUUGACAGGGUCAAGGAAGAGGAGGAGCGGAAACUCGAGCGGCAGAUGGAUGAACAGUCCAGGGAAUACACGCUCAAGCUCCUAGAGCUGGAGCUCGAAGCUCAGGAUAAACUGGCUAAUCAAGAAGCAGGGUUUUUGGAAUACCUUGAUGAGGAAAAGACUAAACUUGCUUCUUUCUACCGCGAAAAGAUGCAGCAAGAGCUAGAAAUCCAGAAAGAAAUUAUCAACGAACGAUUGAAGGAGGAGAUCAUCGCUCAAGGCAUUGAACUUCAACGCCGCUGGAUUCGUGAGAUCAAAGUGCGCGUCGAGCAGGAACGUGGCGGGCGUCUCGCCAAACUCGAUGAACUCGCCGCGAACCUCAAGCGUCUGGAACGCGUCGCCCUCGAUAAUUCCUCCUACCUGGAUCAGAACCUGCAUAUUCACUCUCUUUGGUCCGCCAUCCGUGCGCUUCACAACGCCGUCGAUGCGCCCGCGCGCAAGCCAUUCCGUGACGAGCUCCGUGUGCUGCGUCAUAUUGCCGCCGCGAAAGACGAUCCCAUCGUUUCUACUGCACUCGAGGCCCUCGAGGCCUCCGACGUUCCUGACGUCGGGGUCGAGCCCUUCGUUGAUCUCGCGUCGUGGUUCACCACUUCUGUUGCGCCCCGCGUAUCCAGCGUCGCCCUCGUACCAGAUCAGAACGCUGGCCUGUUGUCGCAUAUAGCGUCGCAUGUUUUCUCCGCCUUCACAUUCCGCCGCCAAGGUUUAGUUUCCGGUGACGAUGUCCUAAGUACCCUGUCGCGUGCAGAACAUUAUUUGCACGAGAAGGACCUGGACAGCGCCACAAGGGAGCUCAAUCAGUUAGCAGGUACUGCCAAGGUACUGGUGAAAGACUGGUUAGAGGCGGCGCGGAGACGACUGGAGGUGCAGCAGGCGUUAGAUGUUGUAGAAGCGCAAGCUACCGUCGCAUCGUUGUUGGUUGUGUAG